UCAAUUAACUAUGAUGCAGGGCAUGUAUAGCAGCAUCGUGGGUGAAGCCACUCAUGCAGCACUUCUACCCUUCGUUGCUCUCUUAAUGCUCAUUGUUUUUCUCCCUUUGUUUCGGCACUUCCACCAAGACCCUUGUCAUCAUGUUCAUCCUCGCCUACCAUCACCUCAUCGCUUACCUAUCAUAGGUCACCUCCACCUCCUCUCAGCCCUUCCACAUCAAUCCUUCCACCGCCUAUCCCAGCACCUAGGACCCAUUUUCUCCCUUAGCCUCGGCUCCAUACCAUGCAUCAUCGCUUGCUCCUCUUCGGCUGCUCGCGAGUUUCUUAAGACACAUGACUCUUCCUUUCCCAAUAGACCAUUCACUAAGGCUGUCUCCAUUCUAACAUAUGGUUCUUCUAACUUCUCAUUUGCUCCUUACGGCAGCUUUUGGCGCUUCACCAAGCGACUCUAUAUGAUGGAGCUUUUCAGCACUCGAACCCUUGAGCAAUUUCGCCCAAUUCGUCGCGAUGAGCUUAGACGACUCCUUGUGGAGUUGCACGCCAAAGCCAAAGAAGGUGAGUUUGUAGACUUGGGCGCAGAGAUGACAAAGAUGACAAACAAUGUGACUACUCGCAUGGCUGUUAGCCGACGAUGCUCGGGAACAAAUGCUGAGGCUGAUGAGGCAACUAGGUUGGUGAUGCAAACAACAGAGCUGCUAGGAAAGUUUAACGUUGCAGAUUAUUUAUGGUUUUGCAAAAAUUUGGAUUUGCAAGGGUUUGACAAGAGAAUUAUGGAGGAGAAGCAAGAGGAAAGGAAGAAGAUGAAAGAACUUCAUCAAAAUGAUGAAGAUAAUUUGAAAGCUAAGGACUUGCUUGAUAUAUUGAUGGAUAUAUCUGAGGAUGAAGGAGCGGAGGUUAAGCUCACUAGAAACAAUGUUAAAGCUUUUAUACGAGACAUCUUCACUGGGGGCACUGAUAACACUUCAUUAACGGUGCAAUGGGCGAUGGCUGAACUCAUAAAUAACCCAAUCUACAUGCAAAAAGCUAGAGCUGAACUCGACACUAUUGUAGGAAAUCAUCGAUUGGUGGAUGAAAAUGAUAUUCCCAACCUCCCAUAUCUUAAGGCCAUCGUGAUGGAAACACUUCGUCUCCAUCCUCCAACCCCUUUAAUCCCUCGUGAAUCUGACAAAGAUUGUAUGGUCGAUGGCUUCAACAUCCCAGCUAAGACAAGACUUUUCAUCAAUGUCUGGGCCAUUGGUCGUGAGGCUAAAUAUUGGAUUGACCCUCUCAAGUUCAUGCCAGAGAGAUUUUUAGUAAAUGAAGACAAUGGUAAUGUUAUCAUCGAUGUAAGGGGCCAACAUUUCCAUUUAAUACCAUUUGGAAGCGGAAGGAGAGGUUGCCCAGGAAUAACAGCAGCACUUCAAGUCGUGUAUAGUGCAUUGGCCUCACUAAUACAAUGCUUUGAGUGGAAGGUUGUUGGAGAUGGAGAGAAGAUUGACAUGACUGAGGCGUCUGGAUUGACGCUGCGGAGGGCUACUCCUUUGCUGUGUAUUCCAGUGUCCCGUCACAUUAGUUUGUUACCUUUAUCAUGAGUAUAUAUUUGGGUGAAAUAUAGUCUAUAUUAUGUUUGGUAGGUGAAAAAUAAAUGGUGAAGUUGAGUUCUUAAUUUAUAUAUAUGAUCUCCUUUUAAAAUUGAUGUAUGAAAAAAGAAGUCAAACUCAAAAAGAAAAGAAAAGAAAGAAGAAAUGAAGAAAAUUUAAAAGGAGAGU